AUGUGCCUGGGCAGCCCUCGGGCUCCUGGAGCGAGAAGGGCAGCGAUGGAACUGUUCGAGAUGCGCGUGGAGCGCGCGCCUGCGCGGCGCGCCAGUCAGUGCUCGCUCAAAGCCGGGGCGCAGCUUGGAGCGAUGGCCGCGGAGCGCCCGGUCACGUGCAGCGCACUGGUGCAGAUGACAUGCGAAUACGUGGACUCGGACGAGCCAGACAGCUCGUCGGACUCGUCGGCCGAGCGGUCGCGCACGGCUGCGUCGGCGCAGUCGCUAGUGUCGUACCGCAGCCGGCGCAGCGAGACUGUGAGCAUGGCGGCAGAGGGCGCGACAGUAUAUGGCGCGCGCGAGGAAGGGCACGGCGCGGACCAGUGGCUGUUGAUGCACGUGCGCAAGAUGGAGGACAUGUACCGCGUGGGCAACGCCGUGGCAGGGCACUUCUCGCUGAGCCGGGGCAUGGUGGACCAGGGCGUGUUCCGAAUGCUGCAGCUCCGGGGCUUUCUCAGCCAGACGCCGGCGGUGAAGAUCGAGGUUGUGGGUGCGCCGGUGUCGCCCGUUUUGGAAAAGUUGACGCUGAAAAAAGGCGGGUCGAUGACUGUAACCGGGGACGAAAAGGUGAUUAGCGCGCCUGGCUUCGCGGGCGCAGGCGGAAAAGCGUCGGGUUUGCGCCGCGCCAAAACUCAUGGCUCUUGGUUCGGGGACUUCAUAAGAGACCCGUUCUCGAGACGCAAGAAAGAGAAAACGCAUGGAGUAGCCCGCUCCGCGUCGACGACCAUGAUACCCCAGGAGACAAAGAUAGUGGAGCUUCCUGAGAGUGCGGAGAAGGACGCGCAGGGGCCCAAGAAGGUGAACUUCCAGGCCGCGGAGCGUGGCAAGAACGGGUCGUGGUUGGGAGGGUUGGUGCGCAGCUCGUUCUCGAUCAAGCGCCGCAAAUCGGCCAAGCUGGCGCAGCGCGGGCAGGGUGGGGGUGCGGCGCCGGCGCCGCCGGCGGAGGUAAUGCCGGCAGUGUCUAACUCCGAGCUCCGGGAGCAGGUACCAGUGCAUCGGCACUCGUGUAUCACGAUUAUCGGGCUGGAGAACUUGGAAGACACCUUGACCAACGUGGAGGACGAAGAGGAGGUGGCCUCGGACACGACGGCCAGCGACGAGGAACUCGACGAGAUCUUCUUGGACGAUCCGUUGGAUAUAAAGCUCUCGGAGGAGAUUGUGCAGCUUCCGCCGCUUGAGCUCGAGUCGAGCAAGAGCUUCCUCCGCGAGGUCGAGGCCCAGCUCAGGGUGCUCUCGGGCUUCGAGGUGUCGCCGCCGCCCGAAGAUGAGGACACUGGAAACCUAUAUGGUGAUUUCAAGAGGAGAAGUGUAGUCAGCAUUACCAGUGCCAAUAUGCAUUUCUCUGACGAAAGUGAUCGUGAGCCCAAGAGCGCAGACACCGCGCCACGCCGCAAGCCGAAAACCAGGAUCAAGCGGACUAAAAGCCGGGAGUUGUUGAAGCGCGUGCUAGCCCGCAACGUCAACAGGUUCAGGAGCGAUCACGAUCACGCAAGGUUCCACCACGGGUCGCACUACUCCUACUACCACUCGACGCUGUCGCCGAAGUCCGCUUCGAAAAGAACAAUCGACGAGCUAGAGCGGGAGCACGUGUACAAAAACCCAGAGAGGAUUCCAGUUGCCCGGCCGUUGCUAGACUCCUUCUCCAAGCAUCGCAAGGCCGAUGAGUUACAUCGUAUCACUGCUCCGGUCAGUCCGAAGCAGAUGCAGAUCUGA